AUGUUUAAGGCAUAUUUGAUGGCCGAGGAACAAAACGAACAGGUACGUGACAUUCUCCUACUUCCAACCACGGUGAAUGAACAAGUUGGAUCUUCGGCUGAUGAACAGAUCGCAGCUGUUGUCGACUUCUUCCAUGGAAAACUUGCAGAAUAUAAUGAGGUAAUCCUCCAAAACAGUCGAUCCGUUUUUGUUGCAAACUAUGUUCAAAACCGCUUCCUCGUCACCGAAUUCUGCCCGGAACUUGCAAAGCUUUUCGACGUCGCCAAAGUGAAGUCAUUGGAUGAAUUGAUUCAGAAAUUGAAAGAAUGGGAAGAGGAUCCAGCAAUGAAAGCUUCUGGAAAAGCUCUCUUGGAAUCAUUCGAAGCUUGGGAUUGCUUCCUACGGGAUAUUGAUGAUGAGUUGGAGAAAACACAUGGACCAGUCAAAAGUCAUGUUACUACUCUGCCAGAAGAUUCUGGAAUUCUCGGACUUCAAAGCAAAACAAUCUCGUACUACGUAACAGGAAGUGCUUUCGAUUGUGUCCUCAUCAUUGUAGUUCGCGCUUUCAACAAACCAGAAGUCAACGAUCACAUUCUGGGGCUAUACAACCGAAUCGAUGAACUCCGAAAGCUGAGAUGCGACGUCUUUUUACUCACAAAAGGACCCCCAAUCGGUUCGAGCGGUGGUGCUUAUAUCAAGUUGAUUGGAGUUCCAUUCCGAAAAUUAUACGAUAUGAGUGAGGCUGAGGAACAAUUGAAAAAUAACAGAAAGUCAGCUUUGGAGUACAACGGAUGGCGUACACUCUGUAAAGUUGUGGAGGCAUCCUUGGUUGAAGGUGACUAUGCAAACACUGCUUCGAAAGAAGCAGCAGGAUCCGAGGACUCAGUUGCCUACAUUUCACAGAAAGGGGGUACUGUACUUGUGGAUAAAUCUGGAGAGAUUCUUUACAAGCAUAUCGAAGAUGAUAAGGCAGACUCAUGGCCAGACAUUGAUGAGAUUGUGAAGUUGGUUGAGGCUAGAAAUGAAAAAUAUCUGGAGAGCAACAACAACUCAACAAUCUCCAUUCCAAAGGGUGGAAAUCUGGCAAAAGUGAAUUCCGAGAUUUCAGUUACGAAAGAAAGUGCAACGGAUAAGAAGAAACCAUGUUGUGUAAUUAGUUGA